AUGACAUCCUCCAAGUUGACUCCCACAUCAUCUAUCUUAAUUGUCGGUGCAGGGACCUGGGGUUGUUCUACUGCUUUACAUCUUGCCCGUCGAGGAUACAAAAAUGUCACGGUCCUAGAUCCGCACCCGGUCCCUUCUCCCAUUGCAGCUGGCAAUGACAUUAACAAGAUUAUGGAGCACAGGGAGGUAAAAGCCUCUGAAACCGAUCCUUGGAGUAUCGCCUUCUCAACAUGCACACGAGCUGCACUGAAAGGUUGGAAAAACGACCCAGUAUUCCAGCCAUACUUCCAUGAAACGGGGGCAAUAGUUUCUGGCCACACCGCCUCUUUGAUUAAACAUAUACAAGAACACGAAAUCGACUCGUCAGACGCCGAGUUCAUAAAAUUGAACACCGCAGAGGAUUUCCGCAAAACUAUGCCCCCGGGAAUCCUCACUGGCAACUUCCCCGGCUGGAAGGGCUGGCUGAACAAGACCGGCGCCGGAUGGAUCCACGCCAAGAAGGCCAUGUUCUCCGCAUACACCGAAGCAAAGCGCCUAGGAGUCACUUUCAUCACCGGCUCCCCUGAAGGAGACGUUGUAUCUCUAAUUUACGAGAAUGGAGACGUAGUCGGAGCCAGAACGGCCGACGGCACCGUCCACCGAGCAGACCAUACCAUUCUUUCCGCAGGGGCUGGCAGUGAUCGUCUCCUGGACUUUAAGAAACAGCUCCGUCCUACCGCCUGGACGCUCUGCCACAUCAGAAUGACGCCCGACGAGGCCAAGAAGUACCGGAAUCUUCCUGUGCUGUUCAACGUCGCUAAGGGGUUCUUCAUGGAACCUGAUGAGGAUAAUCAUGAGCUUAAGAUCUGCGACGAGCAUCCUGGAUAUUGCAACUUCGUCCCGGACCCGAAGCACGGCGGUGAGGUGCGCAGUAUCCCAUUUGCAAAGCAUCAGAUUCCUCUUGAAGCCGAGGCCCGUGCAAGGGACUUCCUCCGUGAUACGAUGCCUCAUCUUGCUGAUCGACCACUGUCUUUUGCUCGUAUAUGCUGGGAUGCUGAUACAGUGGAUCGCGCCUUCUUGAUCGAUAGGCAUCCUGAGUAUCGCUCUUUACUGCUUGCUGUCGGUGGAUCUGGUAAUGGAGCCAUGCAAAUGCCUACCAUUGGUGGGUUCAUAGCGGAUGCUCUGGAGGGAAACCUGCAAAAGGAACUGAAGCAUGCACUACGGUGGAGGCCUGAGAUUGCCGCCCAACGAGACUGGAAGGAUACGCAAAAUAGAUUCGGAGGUCCGAAUAAAGUAAUGGAUUUCCAAAAGGUUGGAGAGAAUGAGUGGACCAAGAUUGGCGAUAAGAGUCGGCUUUAA